AUGUCUCCAUACUUUGAUGAUGAAAUAUUUGAAGAACUGGAAAAUGACAUUUUGAAUUUCUCCAAAAAAGGAAACAUAAUGAUGUUAGGGGACUUUAAUGCCCGUACCAGCAAUCUGAAAGAUUUUGUAUCAAAAGAAGGCAACACCUUCAUAAAUGACAUCUCUGAAACAUCUUUUGAACCAAAAAUCAGAGAAAGUUUUGAUAACUCUACUAACCAGCAUGGUAAAAGUCUUAUUGAAAUUUGCAAAAAUUGCAACAUGAGAAUUCUGAAUGGAAGAACUCUGGGUGACUCGUUUGGUAAACCCACUUCCCAUCACAAAAAUGGAACUAGUGUAGUUGACUAUAUAAUCUGUGACCAAGAGCUUACACAAACCAUCGAAAACUUUAUUGUCAAACCACCAACCUACUUAUCUGACCACAGUCAAAUUGUGACGUGGAUCAGAACAAAGCAAAAUAUUAACUCAACUAGCAACAUAACUCCGACUCCCACAUCUACUACUCAUAAACUCCCUUAUCAAUUAACAUGGGAAAAUAAUUCGCCGAUCUCAUUCACUGAAGCUUUAAAAUCAGUCGAAAUCCAACAAAAACUGGAAAGUUUAAUCAU